AUGGACGAAAAAAUAUAUUGUCAAUUUAAACAUAUACCAUCGAAGAGAGACGCUGAACAAAUUGCUGCCAAUAUAGAAAAUUUUAUAAAACCAAAAGAAUUUGAUAAAUUAGGUAUACAAAAUUGUGGAAAAAGUGGAAAUGAUACAAUCUCUGUUCUAUUUACUCGUAAAGAUGCCAAUAAUCUUCGUGAGAAACUUACUAAAAUAUUAUCAAGUGAUAAUUCACCUGUUUGGUUUUGUAUUCAUUCGGAUCCUUUUCAUUCAAUGAUUCCACAUUCAAUAAUAACAACUGAUGAUGAUCGACAUGUAGGAUUAACAUUUGAUAUAUCUUGUGAAUUUGGUUCACUUCGAUCAUAUAAUCAAUUUUAUUCACAUGUUUCAUUUAAUAAUAAAAUUCUUCAAGUUUCAUUUAAUCCGACGAGAUCAAUACCAACUGCUUUAUAUAUUGAAUUUGAUAAUAUACGUUUGACUAUUCCAUUUGCUUCAAUUCAAAAGAAAAAGAUUUUAGUUAAUAAAGAAAAAGCAACAAAUGGUGUCUAUGUAUUAUUAUCACUUAAAUAUUUACCAUAUAUUUAUCAAUUGGAACGUGCGAAAGGUAAAAAUACAGACGAUGAAAAUUCAGAUAUGAAACAAGUUCGAAUAUGUGCUGAUCAAGAAAACGUUCCAUUCAUUGAAGAUCUUGCAAAUUGUUCUGAUGUUGUUUUUUAUUUUCCACCGUCUCAAGAUAAGCCUUGGUACUUUCUUUCUUAUUUUUUAUUAGAUCGACCAGAACGAUAUGAAAUAAAUUUUUCUUGUUUCAAAGUUUCUGAUUGGUCGAAAGAAAAUAAUAGAAAUCAAAGACCAGAUCCAUUUAAUUAUAGAAAUGCUUCAUUUCAAGAUCGUUAUUGUUUACAAAUGCUUAUUUCACUUGGAUAUGUAUUUCGAGAUAAAUGGGCACAAUUAACUGAUCAAGAAUUGAAUUGGAAUACAUGGGAUGUAAAUGAACGUUAUACUUUAUGUUGUUUUGCUGUUGAAAAAUUACGUGAAGAUCAUGGAUAUGAUUUAAGGCGAACUAAAAAUGAUUAUAAUCAAACAAGAAAAAAGUUAAAAGAAUUAGUUAGUGAUACGGAUGAGCAAGUUGCAUCAGUUGAUAGUAGUCAACGACUUAAAGUUGCUUUUUGUACAUUAACACCAUUAAAAAUUAUUUUUCAACCAUUUGAAGUUACAACUGGAAGUCGAGCUUUAAGAAAUCCUCAACUUGGUGGUGUUGAACGAUUUCUUCUUGUACAUUUUCGUGAUGAAGACAAUCGACAAUUACGUGUUUCUAAUGCAAAUAUUAAAGGAAGAUUAAGAAAUUCAAUGCAAAAUGGUAUUGAAUUAUUUAAUAAAAAAUUUAAAUAUAUGGGUGCAAGUACAGGUCAAAUGAAAGAAAAAGCUUUUUGGUUUAUUGAUUUACCUUCUCCUCUAAAGAAUAUUCAAGAAGCACAUAAAAUACUAGGAGAUUUUAGUGAUAUAAAAAAUAUUGCUACGUAUAUUGCUCGUGUUGGCCAAUAUUUUUCUAGUACAUGGCCUGUUAAUAUUAAAUUAACAGAAAUCGAAGAUAAAAAAGCAAUACGUUCAAACAAUAACUUGAAUUAUGUUUUAAAAAUUGAUGAUAUCGAAAGAAAUAAAUAUUGUUUUACGGAUGGUAUCGGUAAAAUAUCAUGGGGUCUAGCUGGACGUAUUGCUCAAAAAAUGAAAAUUCCAAUAUAUUGCCAGGAAGAUAUUCCAUCGGCAUUUCAAAUACGUGUAGCUGGUUGUAAAGGUAUGGUAGCUAUUGAUCCUGAAUCAACAUUAAAUGAUUAUUAUAUUCAUAUACGGAAAUCUAUGAAUAAAUUUGAUGGUGGAGAUUGGAAUUUAGAGAUAUGCGAAUAUGCUCGACCAUUACCAUUAACAUUAAAUAAUCAAGUGAUUCGACUUUUAAGUGAUUUAGGUAAUCAUGAUAGUGCAUUUAUUGCUCUUCAAGAUCGAAGUUUUACUCAAUGGGAAAUUCCUGAAGAGCAACAACCUAGUGCUAUUGAUAUAGCAGUACAAAAAAAUAAUUCUUAUUCAUUAUCAAAAGAUAAUUUACUCACGAAUCGUAUACCUAUUCCUCCAACAGAUGGUCGAAAUUUAUUUGGCGUAGCCGAUGAAACUGGUGAACUACAAUAUGGACAAUGUUUUAUACAAUAUUCUACAUUAACUCCAACUAAGAAAGGUCAAGGAAGAUUUCAAGUUGUUACUGGUACGGUGAUCGUUACAAAAAAUCCAUGUCUAUGGCCCGGUGAUUUUCGUCGAUUAAAAGCUGUACGUAAUGAAAAAUUAGAAGCAUGUAUGCGUGAUGUAAUCGUAUUUCCAACAAAAGGUGAACGUCCACAUCCAAAUGAAAUAGCUGGUUCAGAUUUAGAUGGUGAUCAAUAUUGGGUUUAUUGGAGUGAUAGUUUAAGAAUUGAAAAAAAUGUAGAACCAUUAUCAUAUACUGGAGCAAAAAAAUUAGAAAUACCAUCAAUUACUCCAGAAAAAAUCAUUGAACAUAUUGUUAAUUCAUUUGGAGCUAGUAUAAUUUUAGGUAUGAUCGCAAAUACUCAUACAGUUGUAGCUGAUAAACAUCGGGAACAUUCAUUCUCGGAACCUUGUAAAAAAUUAGCUGAAUUAUUUUCACUUGCUGUUGAUUCACCAAAAACAGGACAUUUUAUUGAAAUGGAAGAGCUUAGACCAUUUCAAAAAGAAUAUUGUAAAGAUUGGCCAAUAUAUAUGAGAAAAUCUGGUGAACGAACAUAUCAAUCAACAAGUGUAUUAGAAAAACUUUAUUUAAGAGCUGAAGAAAGAUAUUUUAAAUUGAAAGAAAAACCUAUGAUUAAUACAUUUCCACAAAAAUUAAAAGCUAUAAAACAUGCAUUAACAAAUAGUGUUCAAGAUGAAGGAUUUAAAAAAUGGCUAGAUGGAGAUAUUUAUCAAAAAGGUAUAAAUCGAAAGAAACCUGUAAGAAAGAAAUCUAACAAACUUGAUAAAGACGAUUCAUCAAGUGAUGAACAAUCAAUUCCACCAUCAAAUGAAAAAAAAUCUACUAAAUCGCCAAUAACAAAAAAUGAAAAUUCACAUGAAGAAAUGAAAAGUCAUGUGAAAAAAUCAUCACAUAGUAAAUUGAAUCAAUCAGAAAUACCUUUAAAAAUAGAACCUGAAUCAAAUACAAAACAAAAGAAAUCUUCAAUUACAGAAAGUGUCUCUGCAUUAAUAAAUUCUAGUAUUUCUUCACCAUCAUCAUUAGCAGCAUCAAAUAUCGAUGAAUGUCAUACUGAUUUCCUUAUGGCUGUUGAUAUGAAAACUACGAUUCAAACUGUUGUAGAAUUUUCUUCAAUUAAC